AUACACACCCACCGGAUGCGUUCGUUGGAUCGCGAUGUUUAAAGCUCCAUUUAUCCGCGGCACAGAUACUAUUGUACGAUUUAAUGGUGGAUUUGAUUUGUUUUUUCGUCGACUUGUCGGUCUGUGUAAUCCACUUUCCACACUUCCGCCACGUGUCUCUCCCUUCCUCCUCCGAGCUUUCUUUUUCCGGCGCCUAUAAAAACUCCCCACUCGUCCCUCCUUCGCUUCUGAGCUCUCCCCCAAUGCCGCUAUCCCACGGCUGCCUGCCCCGCUCGUCUCCCUCAGCCGCGGAAGACCCCACCUCCUCCACUGCCACUGACCCAACCGUCCCUCCUCCUCCGUCACCUCGGACCCGCCACGUAUCCUCAUGCACCACCUUCGACUACAGCUCCAACUCCGACGGCUCCGCCGCCACCUCCUCCACCGUCGACUCCACCUCCCCCAUCACUCUCCCCUCCCUCCUAGGACCCCCUCCCUUCUCCGCUUCCUUCGCCUGCCUCUCCACUCUCCACACCCCCGACGGCGCACCCACCGCCGUCGCCGUUGCAGCCCCCUCCCUCCUCUACUCCGCCUCCGCUGCGGAGAUCUCCAUAUACGACCUCGCCUCCCUCCGCCGCCUCGACUCCUUCCCCGCCGCCCCCGCCUCCGGCUCCGUCAAGUCCGUCGCCUUCUCCCCCGACGGCCGCGCCUUCACCGCCCACCAGGACGGCCGCAUCCGCGCCUGGAACCGCUCCGCCGGCUCGGGCCGCUACCACCUCGUCGCCUCCCUCCCUACUGCCGCCGACCGCCUCCGCCGCCUCGCCCUUCCCUCCAACUACAUCACCGUCCGCCGCCACAAGAAGCUCCUUUGGAUCCAGCACGCCGACGCCGUCUCCGCCGUUGCCGCCUCCGGCAGCCUCCUCUACUCCGUCUCUUGGGAUAAGACCCUCAAGAUCUGGCGCACCUCCGACCUCCGCUGCAUCGAAUCCGUGGCGGCGCAUGAGGACGCCGUGAACGCCGUUGCCGUCGCCGGCGACGGGACCGUCUUCACGGGGUCGGCGGAUCGGAGGAUUAGGGUAUGGGGGCGGUCGGCUGGGGAGAAGGGGCGGCACGGGCUGGUGGCGACGCUGGAGAAGCACCGGUCCGCGGUGAACGCGCUCGCAGUGAGCGGCGACGGGGCGGUGCUGUACUCGGGGGCCUGCGACCGUUCGAUCUUGGUGUGGGAGAAGGAAGAUAGCGCGAAUUUUGUGGCGGUCGCGGGGAGGCUGCGAGGACACCGGAAGGCAAUCCUGUGUCUCGCGUGUGCGGGGGAUUUGGUGUUCAGCGGUUCUAGUGAUCGGACGGUGAGGAUUUGGAGGAGGGGAGGGGAGGGGAGGGGGUAUAGUUGUCUUGGGGUCUUGGAGGGUCACGUGAGCGGGGUGAGGUCGGUGGCGGCGGUGCGGGUGCCGCCGGAGGCGGCGGCGGCGGUGGCGGAGAGGGAGGGAGAAGGGGAGGAAGAGUACCGGGUUUGUAGCGGGAGUUUGGACGGAGAGGUGAGGGUUUGGCGGGUUCGGAUUUGGAGUCGCAAUCAAAGAGGAAUGGAAGCCGAAGAAGCUUUGUCGUAGUUUAGCUUUCCUUUUUGCCACAAAUGUGUGUAUUUUUUUAUUUAUUUAUUUUGGUAUGGUAUCGCUGCAACGGGCUUUUUUUUUUGGGGAAAUUAAUCACCCACCCUCUUUUAGACCACGCUAUAACAAAAAGUCUCCGUUGACCGGUCUU